AUGACAGGACCUGUGGGGGUGAGAGGCGGCAGUGAGUCGGAGAGGAUCAAGCUGAGGCUGGAAGUGGCAGUGGAGCUAUGCCUCUCUCAUCUGCUCCCGUAUCUCUUCCCACGCUGCUCUCAUCUGCUCCCCACACUGCAGCUGGGGUCCUACCACACUCUGGAGCUGGACUUGCAACGGGCCUUCACACUCACUAAGGACGUGUGGGACUCAGUGGCUAUAGACCGGCUCAAGGAGGCGUGUGACCCUUCAGCGAAUGCGGACCUGGCAGUGGUGGUGAUGCAAGAGGGGCUGGCAAACGUCUGUCUUAUUGGAGGGAGUGUGACUACAGUAAAAGCGCGCAUAGAGACGCCAAUCCCAAGAAAACGAGGGCCGGCAAUCGCGGGAUAUGAUAAGGCAAUCAAUAAGUUCUUUGAGAAUGUCUUUCAGGGUGUGCAACGGCACAUUGACUUCAACAUUAUCCGCUGCCUGCUUAUAGCGAGUCCUGGAUUCACCAAGGACCAGUUCUUUGAGUACAUGAUGCUGGAAGCGACGCGGCAGAACAUCCGAGCCAUCAUUGAGAACAAGGCUAAGAUCGUGCUCGCGCAUUCCACAUCGGGAUACAAGCAUGCAGUGAAGGAGGUGUUGGCACUGCCUGCUAUCAUGACUCAAAUCAAAGACACCAAGGCAGCCAAGGAGGUCAAGGCACUUGAGGACUUCUAUGCCAUGCUCUCAAACGACUCAGCACGGGCCUUCUACGGUCCCGGGCACGUGGAAGCAGCAAACGAACGGCUUGCCAUUCACACGCUCCUCAUUUCUGAUGACUUGUUCCGCAAUGCCGAUGUGAAGACUAGAAGACGCUACGUGGAUCUGGUGGAAUCAGUGAGGGCGAAUGGCGGGCAAGUGCACGUCUUCUCUUCCCUGCGCGUGCUCCCUCCCUCGCUUACGCACUCCCCCCUCUCCCGCCCCACCACCAUCACCACCCCCACCAUUUUUCACAGCAACGCCGAUGUGAAGACUAGAAGACGCUACGUGGACUUAGUGGAAUCAGUGAGGGCGAAUGGCGGGCAAGUGCACGUCUUCUCUUCCCUGCACGUCACUGUCUCGCCUCCUCUCCCAACCCCCGUACACCCCUUGUUCCACAGCAACGCCGAUGUGAAGACUAGAAGACGUUAUGUGGACUUAGUGGAAUCAGUGAGGGCGAAUGGCGGGCAAGUGCACGUCUUCUCCUCCCUGCACCUGGUGAAUCUUGCUGGGAUCGCUGAAAUUCUUCGCUUCCCACUGCCAGAAUUGGAAGACAUGGAACUAUAG